CUUGUCAACGCGUGUUUGUCCUGCCGUGCUCCUUCUUUCUUCUCUAAACAGCCUUCGGCCCGGAGAUCUGGAUGGCGAUGGCGGUUGCAACGCGGCGGUUGCAACGGAGGCGCCCAAAACGGCGGGAGGACGACAAGAGAAGCGCCACGACGGGCAACGGAGAGCCGGGACUCUUUGAGUGCUUCUCUACGGCGCCAUGUUGCGGCCCGCAUGUGUGGUGCUUCUGGUCCUCGCGGGGCUGGUUGUGGGUGGUGCAGACGUCCGCUCCCUUCAAGUGAAGCCCGCGCCGAGCCAUCCCCACAAGGGCCAACAUCCACCUCACCCAAAGAGCGGGCCGACUAACAGCAAGGGAAAAGGCAAGGAACAAGGAGGGAAGGGCAAAGGCAAUGGCAGCGGCAAGGGGAAGUGGCAGACGAAGGACCUCACAUGCCAGGUAAGACGACCCUCACAGACAAGCGGCGUGUCGGUCGGGAAGUGGCUGAUUGUGCGCGGUGUUUGCAGAGUGACGUUCUUCUAAGCGCGUCAGAACAGUCGUCCGAAAGCAGGGCCAUCUCUGACAUUGUCACCCGUAAGUCUGGCGUGCCGCUGCUCGUCACGACACAUGAGGUGAACCAGUGCCCUCUCUGUGCCUGUCUGUGCAUGUGUGUAUGUCAGCGUCGGACAGUCAGCAAGUGCCCAUCGGUGUCGAGGUUCAAUCAGGCUUCGCCGAGCUUGGUGUCAACGACAUUCGGAUCGUCGGUGUGAAUGAAGGUUUUCUCUUCACGGAGCUUCGGCUUGACUGUGGAUCGAACCCUACUCCACUCGGUGAAGUGAUCGACGCUUCAGUCACUUUCCGGUUUGGCGUUCCUCUCGGCGAUGGCUCCUAUGAUGCGACUGAGGAUGCGAUCUGCAACGUGCAAGUGCAAUGUGGAUCAAUAGGUGAGGUGAUGCAAGGCUUGCUUUGGCGGCACCCGUCCUGGUUAUCUGUCCCUCUGCCUUCACCAGAGCCGCCAACUGAAGCGCCUGCGCCAACAGAGGCACCGACACCCACGUGCAGGGUUAGAGCAAGAGGCGUUCCAUCCCAUGAUAUCGCGCUCCAUGUGCUUGUUCAACCGCUAAUUUGGACUCGUUUUGAACAGGAUGUGUCGUUGUCGACGAGGCAAGGAAACAAAUUUUCUCGCGACAUCGCACAAUUUGUCGGAUGUAAGAGCUAUACAGCCUCCAUUUUCCCCCCAUGUGCCCAUGCCUAUAUUUGCGCUUCGAACAGCGACGCCUGACAGGGUGGUGACUAGAGUCGAUAUCCCGGCAAAAUUCGAAUCUUUUGGUAGCAACGAUAUCAAGAUAACGGCGCUGCAGGAGGACUCGCCGUCAAGACGAUUCACGGCUGUGGAAUUGGAGUGCGGCGACGAUGCCAGUCCCCUGGACCGUAGUGAGACAAUCGCGGUACCCGUACAUGCCUCAAGACACAGAAGAAGUAAAAUUGAAACGUGGCUGGGGCUAUGUUGCACAGAUCACGUUCGAAUUUGCGAGGCCCACCGGCGAUGGUGGUUACGUCGAUCCAGUCAGCGCCACGUGCGAUGUGCGAAUCGACUGCAUGUCGAGAGGUAGGUAUGGAGGAAGCACGAUAGAGGCCACUUGGCUUCUGACAGUGAUAGUGUGGCUUGGGUGUUGUCACAUUUUCAGACGAGCCGCCUCCAGCGCAGCCUCCCCCACCACCCCCUCCUCGUAAGCUGUCGAGAGCACAGAAGGCACCCAAAAGCUGAUAUGAAUCUGUUUCGCUUCUCCUUCCUUCCGUGCGCCUGAUUCCCUUCGUGCAGCUCCGCGGCCGCCUCCUCCACGUAGGAUGGGCUAACACAUGAGACACCAAUACGAAACGAAGGAAUGCUCUCCUCUCCCAGCGCCACCUCCUCCUGCUCCUCCUCGCCCGCAUCCACCUCCCCCACCACGUGAGCAACCGAGUGAUCAGCCAGCAAGCAAGACUGAGCUCAUUUUGUGGUGCGUCUGUCGGUGCCAUGUGUGUUCCUUACAGCCCCUCCCCCACCCCCACCACCACCUCCUCCCCCGCCGCCUUCUCCUCAGCCGUCAGUCACAUGUCGGGUGAGCGGUGGAGUGCCAAUGGUGCACCGGCUUGGGUGCUGAUAGUGUGCAUGUUAUAUUUCGUGCAGGAUGGGCAUAUCUCUGCGCCACAGUCAUCAUUCAACUUCAAAGACAUCGCUGAGUUCGCCAGUAGGCUAAGCCGGCAGCAUUCGUAGAUAUGAACGUGAAUUUCUGCAUUUUGUGCACACUUGUCAGCGUCGUCGGAUCGUUUGGUGAUUGGUAUAAACGUGCAGGCUCCGUUUGAUGAGCUACGCACCAACGACAUACGGUAAGCCGGGGCCCACUGACCCACAAAUCGCCAGGUGUAACAUGUGAUGUUGUCACCUGGCGAUUCAGAUUGUCUGGGAAGAAGAAUGACCCUGACAAGCCGUUCAGGUUCACAGCACUUAAGCUGCAAUGUGGCAAGUUCCCCAACCCACUAGACAGAGAAGUCGAUGUGCCGGUAAGUGGAGCUAAGACAUUUGUGCAUUACGCCGUGUGCGUAUCCUGUUUUAUCGCGUGGCAGGUAAAGUUUAGCUUUGGCCGGAAGCCCAACGGUGGCGAAUACGUGGACACUGUGUCGGCCGAGUGCAACGUGCGGGUAACCUGCACUUCGGAACGUAAGGAGGGAAAGAAAGGUCCCGAGAGGGAUGACUGUGAUGACUUUCUUGACAUCUGAUUGACCCUCUUUCGCUCGCUCCAGCCGAUUACAGCCCCCCUGCCGUCAUCUGCAACAAAGCGCAGGCAAGAAUCACAACCCACUUGGACUCCAAGAAGCUCAAACAGAUCACGUAAGGACAAAUGCGCAGGCACACGAGGAUUGCAGGAAGACGUCUGUCUGCCAUGUGUGUUGUCGUCCAUUAGGCGAUUUGCGUUCGUCAAGGGCUAUGGAUUCUGGCGAGCGAGUGAGGUUGUCGUGCCAUUCCCGUUUGACAAGACGAGGGGCAGCAUCUACCACUUUGGUCGAAAUAUCAAAUUGAAGCCAAAGCUCGACAUCCAGGCACUCAAGCUCAAGUGCGGCAGAUUCGCGACUCCAAGCAACAAGGUAUGGACACGUAUCCGUCUACUGAUGUCAAUGAGUCUUUCUUCGUAUGUGCUGUGAGCAGACUGUCCGCCUGCCCGUCUUCUUCAAAUUCCGCGACGACAUAAGCGGCAACGAAGUCUUCCGAACAUGCCCCGUAUCUCUGAAGUGUACAUUCUAGCACACUACUGACUUGUUGUUCUUUUUUGCCCACGGCGACACGCACAAGCUUUUGACGGAUGAGGUGCGGUGGGGUUGAGUGACCGUUGGCUUCCUGUGUCCCUUUUGUGAGAGGCAGAGUGGUGGGCUGGGGUAUGGAUUGCACACAGAGGAGCCCUUUUGUCCAGUGAGAUCGUGAGCUAUUUGGUGCGUGUGAUGCGCGAAUUUUCCGGAGAGAUGGGGAGGGGAGGUGCACACUUCUGGCCGCGCAUGCGCCACUGCCAAUUUUCGCUCACAUUGUCCUGACGGCUGCUGUCCCUGGACCGCGUAUUGGUGUCCGUUUUGUACUUGUAUGCUUAUCUCUGUACUCCCUAACCACGGUAUCCUCCGUGUGCUUGGCUGGUGGGCUGAGGGGGUCGCGCUCAUCACAUCAUUUGCCGCCAUGCUUGUCUAUCGCACAUCAUUCACACGAUAGAAGGCCCACUUGUUUUCUUCACUUUGAGUGAUUUUUCUGAACUGUGCUUGCGCCAAAAGACGACAGACGCUCCUUUUUAUCGUGGCAGAGCCUUCACAGCGAAUCAUGAAACAGUGUUGCGCGCCUAAGUUCCGCCAUCAUCUGCGGC